AUGAAGCAGCUAGUGAUAAUUUUUCCAUUAAUAUUAACCUGUGUCAGUGGGACAUCAUUGUUGAGUUGGUUUUGGGAAAAAUCUGAUAACACCAAUGUACUUGUAGCUGAUGGUGUUCCUCUAGUAUCAAUACCUUAUGAAGCUAUGACAGAUGAUGAAAAGUUUCUCCAAGAAGCGGCAAAAAUAACAGACAUACAAUUGUCGUCUCCAUUGCAAACUUGUCAGCACAAAGUUGUCAUGAAGAUAAGAACUUCUUGCAGUGAUAUGACUGAAGAAGAGUUAGCUAAGCUGAGCGUUAAUUUACUUAAUUGUCAGUCAAGUGUUGAAGGACGUAAAAUUUUCCCUUGUACCGAGGAAAUGUCUUUGAAACAAUGCACCACCGAUAUGGACGCCGAUAUGUGGAAUGCUUAUCAUUUAAUGAGCAAUCGUGCAAGAGCUGUAUGUUACACAGCACGUAGCACACAAUUUCGUGCACUUACUGAGUUGACCGUAAAUAAAUUGAUGCAGAGUGCUCGGUCUCAAGUUGAAGCUUUGGUUACUUUGAAGGAAAGCCACGAUCGUUUGGAAGAUAAAACACUUGAAGCUCUAUCAUCAUUGACUCAAGGAAAUAAACUAUUAUUGGAACAACAAGAGUUUCUAAAAAAUGCUCAGGUUUUGUCUCAUAAAUUUGUAGCUAAUAAUAUUCGUGAAUUAACUAAUGAAAAAGCUUUGAUACGCUCUGGUCACGCACAAUUAGCAACAAUGACUGAAGAUAUAAAAAAUAAAUUAGAAAAAGCAAGUGAACAGCUGCUGUCUCAGUCGUCAGAGCGCAAAGAAAAUCACAAGGAAUUGUUGGAAGAUUUGGAAAAUAUUCAGCAACAAGCUCAAUUAAUCUGGGAAAAAAUAGAAUCAAGUACAAAUCGCAUCGUGCAACAGAAUGCCGAGGCAGCUGCACAUUUUGAACAAACUCUUGAGAAAUUAGAAAAGAUUAAUGAUACUAUCCAUUUCAUUUGGAAUGUGACUGAGUCAAUGCGUACGGAAGUUGAAGACAAAUUAAGUUGGAUCACUGAUUACAUUGGGAACACUGGCGAACAGUUGCAAAAAGUUUAUCAAAUAUCAAUGCACAUUAUUUUUUUACUUGGAGCUAUGAUAAUAGCAGCAUUUUUAAAUGCACCGUUUUUGACGAGAGCGUCAAUAAUGGGGUUGAUUCCGAUGAAUUUAGUGACAUUUUUAAAACAUGGAAUGAAUGCGUGUCUAGAUUUUACUUCUCUAACUAUGUUGAUACUUUUAAUAACUACAAUGCAUUUUAUUAUGGUUGGUAUUCAUGCUCUCUUUGGAGUCAGCCGAGAUAAAAAACCACGAGUAGAAAAAUUAUCUCAUUAUUUUACUGAUACACCUAAUGGUGAUUUAUCGCGACAGCCACCAAAACCACCGACGACUUCUGAACAAAAAAUUUUUAAAACUCCUCUCACUACUCGUUUAUCAAAUACUCUGAAAGACGUUUAUAAAUUGAUCGCAAAUCAAUUAUUACGCUGCAAAGGCAAUAUAAUGAAUAUGUGGCAAUAUAUGACCGUAUGGUUUGCAAGGAAUAAUUUACCCAUGGAAGAGCUCUCCUGUUCAUACUUGCCUUCGAAAAAAAGCCGCGAAGAUCUCAUUGAUGAUUAUGGCAAUGAGUUUCCAUCUGUAUCAGAAGAUGACAGUGACUUCUUAGAUCGCUCCUUCAUUAAUGAGAAUAUCGUCGAUACCGCUGAUCUGAGGCUUCGCUGGAAUGAUAAGGAGCGUCUUACUCCUGGCAGUACUUACUCUACUCGAUCAUCAGCAUCCCGCAGUAUUUCACCCUCUGCAAUGUCAUCUGCGAAAGUGUUAUGCUCAGCUUACACUAAAUCUGGCGCUAAAUGCCGAUCUCGUGCGCAGCAAGGUCGACAUUUUUGCAGUCGCCACAGUCAAGGUUCGUCUACUUUAGGAGAUUAA